UUUGAUGUCUAUGGAUGGUUUUGGUUGACAUGACAUGACACUGUUUUGGCGUCGCUGUCAAGUAAACGGUUUGAGAAUUUGAACGUAAAAGUUGGAGAAGUUACGAUUUCCAACAAACAAACAAAUUAUUUAUUUGGUUUAAUCGAAAAUUUGGUGAUGAAGUAGUAGUGUUUAUAGAAAACUACGAGACUGGGAAGAUUUUAUUCACUUGAGCUGCUUACUCGUGGAAAAUAUUUUGAUUAAAAUCUUUAAAGUCACAACUGGCACAAUGAGUAUCAUUGAAGAAAAUUGGAAUAUUCAUUACAAUUUAAAAAGUAUUGAAGAAAACAGUUACAUGGAAUUUGAAAAUAAAGUAGAAUCUUUACAUGAAAAAUUUUUGAGUGUCAUAGAAAACGGCUUUAAGCAUAAAAAGUUCAAUUGGAACAGCAAUGUUACUCAUAAUCACGACGUUGAGUUAAAAACUUUAAUAGAACGUAAUAAGCAAAUGAGGCAGGACAUUGACAAGAAACUUGAAGAAUUUUCACAACAAAAGGUUCAAUAUGAAAACUACAAAAAGGAUCAAAAACUGUUAUCUCAAGAAAUUAAAGAGACACAUGAAGCUUUCCUCAUGGCUAAGAAAUAUUACAAGAAGUUUUUGAAAAUGUAUUAUACAAUAGAAUCAAAAAGUCCAGGAAAGCAAACCAUUUAUGUCCAAUUUUUCACUGAAGCCAAAAAGGAGUCUGAAAAUUAUUCUGUUCGAUUACUAAAAGACACAAAGACUGGAUGCUAUCACUUGUCCAGUGUUACACCAAAACUAUCUGACUUCAAAGAAUUGCAGAAAAGAUUAGAUGACACGAAUGAUGUUCCCGGUGCACUUUGUUGCAUAAGACAAGCAUUCAUGAACAUGAAAAUGAAUAAGAAAUGAACUAACACAUUAAAAGUAAUUAUUAAUUUCAUACCACCAAAAGGACAAACCAUGACAAUUAAGAAAAAAGUGUAUGGUUACUACUGUGUAUGGUUACUACUUC